UGAGUUUUCUGCGAAUUGGGUGUAAUUUAAAGUAAAAGCGCACAAAAUGUCACGAAAAGAGGCUCUGUCACAAUUUAUCAAUCAAAUUCACGGCCGCCCGGUGGCCGUCAAGCUGAAUAAUGGUGUUGAUUACAGAGGUGUUUUGGCCUGUCUCGAUGGCUAUAUGAAUAUUGCACUGGAUCAGACUGAGGAAUACGUCAAUGGGCAGCUGAAGAACAAAUAUGGCGACGCCUUCAUACGCGGCAACAAUGUGCUCUACAUAUCCACACAGAAACGCAGAGUUUAGAUUAAAUUUUAACUUUGCUUAGUUUACUUCAUAAAUACACAAACAAAACACAAAUCACAAACACACUUUUUUGUAAAUACUUUCACACUUCAACUGGGAUAAUGCCGUGUGCCAUAUUCCUGUGGUAUGGCUCCAAAGUGUCGCAGCUGCCGAAUCGAAUAACCCGAGCCGAGUGCAGCAAUUAAACGCUCGCCUCGUCGUCCAAAUUUAUGUUCAUAGUUGGGUCGCCAGUUGCGUCCAAAGUGGGGAUCAAAGGGUAUCUCGCUGGGCUGCUGGAACGGUGAGUUGCCCAGAAACAGACGCUCGAAAUAAUCCAAGACGGCUUUCUUCUUCUGAAAGUGCACAAUAAUCGGAUUCGCCUGUGCUCCCCGCUGUGGAUGCUGCGAGUCCAAAUUCUUGAAAUACUCAAAAUUCACCAGAUCCACAUUGGAGAAGUCAAAGCCCUCGUGUAGCGUUGACCACGUCGCCGGCAACUACAAGGGCAAUUUUAAUGUGGUGCUGGUGUGUUAGGUGUUUGGAUGGUGUAGCUGUAAUUGGCCACUUACCAUUAAUGCGAUUGCAAUUAAGACGUAUUUGCACAUUGCGAAUAGCUGCGAAUUUAGCUAAUUGACCUGGGCCAGCACCUUGCACCUUCCUCGCACGAAAUCCAACUGAUUUCAAUAAAUUCGGCCAACUGCAUGGAUUGUCAACGAUGGAGUGUCCGUAGUGUGUGUGUGUCGUGUUUUCCACUCUUGUAUUUUGUCGCAAUCAAUGCCGACGUAUUACUCAAUCCUCCGCCCAGCCAAAUGUAACACAGACAAUGGGGCCCAACUGGCCACCUGGGCUAAUUAAUUGAUAUGCAUGUCGCAUAUUGGGGGUCUUCAAUCAAAAAAAAAAAAGGCACUGCUCGUGAUAACCUGUCCGAUCGCUGGAGCGAAAAGAGCUCCAUUAAUUGCUUAUCAGAUUCAAGCUUGUUUUUACUUUUGCUGCAAAUAAAGCCAUGUUUUCUUUUUCCAUUUA